UUCCCACAUUGGGAUAUAUGGUAUAGGUAGAAACUUAUACAGCCCAACAUACUUUGUCCUUCAACCCCCAAAGAGAGAGCAACGAUCCCAUGAUUUCACGAUUCCGGCCUCACGACGCACAGUUCGACGUCCUCUUUCUACGUUUGGUGUUCUUGUCCUGUAUCCACACAUCCUUCAGGGAAUGAAGACCGUUUCUCGUAAUAAUAAGGUAAAGAAGAAGAGGGUUUCUGAUUCAUCCCCAAUAGACUUGCAUAAGAAAACCCCCAUUUCUUUGAAGCCCAAAGAGAAAAUCACAAAAAAGUCACUGUCUAAGAAGCCUGCACUGGUACAAGAAGGCGAGGCCAGUUCACAAGUCAACGACAAAAAGGAAGGGGUGACGAAUGGGAUCAAAGUUAUCAAACAUGCUAGUCUUCAAAUGGCUGGUAAGCCUAAUGAGCAGCAUGUAGAUGAAAAACCUGAAGAGUUGGAGAAAAGUGGCCCACUGUCCACUGAGAAGAAGACCACAUAUGAUGAAAAGAGUAUGAAGUUGAAGAAAAGUGGCCUACAGUCCACUGAGAAGAAGACCAGCAUUGAUGAAAAGAGUAAGACGCUGAAUAAAAGGGACCAACUGUCACCUUCCAACCAUAUUGUUGUAGAGGAGUGGUUCAUAGAUCGAGAUACGACUAGUGGUGGUAGUCAAAGACCUAACAAGUGUCAAAACACUCAACUUGGUGACAAGUCUACUGAUGAAAAGUGUAAAGAGGUUAAGAAAGAGGACGUACAGUUCACUGAGAAGAAGAAAAGGACAGAUGGAGAGAGUACAAACCAGAAGAAAAGGAACCGACAGUCACCUAAGAACCAUGGUGGAACAACGCAAGUUAAAGACAAAAAAGAUAGUGUAGAGUGGUGGAUCAAAGAUGGAGAUCAGACCAGUGAUGGAAGUCAAAGGCCUAAAAAGGAACCGAACACUCAACACAGGAGCAAGUCUGAGCAGCAUACAAAUGCAAAGAGUAAGGAGUUGAAGAAAAAGGGCAAACCCCUUGAGAGCAGGCGCUGUGGAGGAAUGAUUUUUAUGUGUAACACAAAAACUAAACCUGAUUGUUUCCGCUAUCAUGUAAUGGGUGUUUCAAGGAACAAACAAGAUGUUGUGAUGCACAUCAAACCUGGUCUCAAGCUAUUCCUUUAUGAUUUUGACGUUAAGCUAUUGUAUGGAGUAUAUGAAGCAACAUCUGCGGGUGGCGUUAAACUUGAACCAGAAGCCUUUGGUGGAGCUUUUCCCGCACAGGUCAGAUUCGUAAUUAAGGAGGACUGCCUUCCAUUGCCUGAAAAUGUGUUUAAAAAGGCAAUCAAGGAGAAUUACGAUGAGAGGACACACAAGUUCAAGACUGAGUUGUCAGUUUCACAAGUAAAGCAGUUGAUUGAACUGUUUAGGCCUAUGCCGUGGCUGCAUCCAACAUCAAAAGCAUCUUUUCCCGAAUCCGUUCAAGAGCCUGCUUCUGAGAGAUCACACUUUAAUAAUCACAGAAGCACACAGAAUGAUGUGCCUCAUGAUUCCCCCCUUUUUCUAACUGAAAAAGAAUACAGAAGCUAUGGUCUUCGGCAGGGGAGACAGCAUGUGCUGAGUGACUCUCCUGCCCAUGCUAAUCACAUUUCAGAUCAUUAUAGACCUGCUGCAUGUAUAACAGAGAAGGAAACUACUGGUUUCCACCAUCCAUAUUUCUCUGCACGUGUUGACCGGGCUUUGAACCAAUUUCUGCUUGAACAAGAAAGGGACCAAUCACAGAAGGAAACCAGUUUCCCAGAAACAUAUUUUCCUGGGGAAAAAGAGUACCGAAAUUAUGGGCUUAAGGGUUAUCAGGAAAUCACAGCUAAUGUGCAGCAUCCUUCUGUGGGAGCGAAUGAUUCUGCAAUGACUUCCAUGGUCAACCAUGGUGCAAAAGACUAUGUGGCGUUAUACAGAUCUAAUCCCUACAAUGAUAGCAGCACAACAUCACUCGUUAAUAGGUAUCUAUCUUUGCCAAGGACACAGCCAGAUCCCAUUGAACCUUACUCUCUCACCGGUAGAGACCCUUAUAUAUCUGAGGCUAACUACUCAGGUAGAGUAAUGGAGAGAGAGAAUCUACCCUCACCAUAUACUAACUAUCUACGAGGGGCGGGAGGGAAUCUAGAUGGAGUGAAUGGGGAAAGAGGGAAUCCACGCUCUCCGUAUGGUCAAACAUACCACCAAUAUCUGUCUUCCUCUCCAAGGUCAUUGCGCUAUCCCCACGAAGCUGGACCUUCUUCUCGAUCACACUACUGAACCUUGGUUGAUGCAUCUCUUGUGUAUCAUUGUUUUUGUUAGUUGUUACUAUACACCAUUGCUAAGAUUUAAUUUGCAAGAGCUUUAUUGACGGCAUUUCUCCGAGUUGCAAGACCAACCUGAAUCUCAUAGGCAAGUGAUAACAGUUAUUGUUGUGAAGCAAGGACAGUUUGUAUGAGGUGAAGUGGUUAAGGGGUUCCUGGUUUACUGUAAAAUAAGUGACUAUUUGAAGACAGAUGUCUUUGUAACUGUCUUUAAACCUGUAACUUGUUACGUACCUCCAUGUAUGUUUCUAGACUAUGUCUUCGACCUUUUUUUUGAAGAUUAUGAUACUUUAAAAUGGUGAUAAUGGCCAAGGGUAUCGACUUUUUUGG